AUGCCAUCAAUGUGUCACACGCUUGGAAGUACUGCUAUGAAGGAACAUUUACAUUUACUAAAGAUUAGAAGGCCACCACCAAUAGGAAUUGGAGAUAUUUACAUUCCACCACCUCCACCACCAGCUUGCACAUUCGAUUCUAAUGGACCUCGUUUAAUUAUUACACACAUUGAGAACAUUAAUUUCAAGUCAUAUGCUGGAAAACAAGUAUUGGGACCAUUUCAUAAAAGUUUCACAUCUAUUGUUGGACCAAAUGGAAGUGGAAAGUCAAAUGUUAUUGAUUCAAUGCUUUUUGUAUUUGGUUAUAGAGCUCAGAAAAUAAGAUCUAAAAAAAUAAGUGUAUUGAUUCAUAAUAGUGAUAACCAUGCAAAUGUUGAAAGUUGUUCUGUCAGUGUACAUUUUCAAAGGAUCAUUGAUAAGCCUGGAGAUAGCUUUGAAGUUGUUCCUAAUUCACAAUUUUAUAUACAAAGGACUGCAUUUAAAGAUAAUAGUUCUUAUUAUGCUAUCAAUGGGAAAAGAACACAGUUUAAAGAAGUGGCACGCCUUUUGCGAUCACAUGGAAUUGAUUUAGAUCAUAAUCGAUUUUUAAUUCUACAGGGGGAAGUUGAGCAGAUAGCUAUGAUGAAACCAAAAGGACAAAAUGAAAAUGAUACUGGGAUGUUAGAGUUUCUAGAAGAUAUUAUUGGAAGUAGUCGCUUUAAAGAACCAAUUGAAUUAUUAUAUCGUCAAGUUGAAGAACUUAAUGAACAGAGAUCUGAAAAGUUACAAAGAGUAAAAGCUGUGGAAAAAGAAAAGGACGAUUUAGAAGAAAUAAAAAAUGAAGCCAUAGAAUAUCUAAAAUUAGAAAAUGACAUAUGUGUGAAAAAAAAUCGUCUAUAUCAAAAAUAUAAAUUUGAGGAAGAACAUAAAGCUGAAGAAGCAAGUAAGAAGAGAGAUAAAAUUACUAAUGAAAUGUCAGAAGUUUUAGGUAAUUUGGAAAAUCUGAAGAAAGAGAAGAAAGGAAAAGAAACUGAAUACAAGAAAAUUUUUGAGAAGUUUGAACAGUUCAAUAAAGUUAGUGAAGAGAAGAAAGAACAGUAUAGUGCAUUGGAACGACAAGAUUUACAAUCCAGAGAAAAUUUAAAACAUUCAAAAAAUAAAUUAAAUACUUUACAAAAAUCUAAAGAAAAUGAACAGAAAAAGCUAGAAGAUUUAAAGAAACAGCCAGAUAAGUUAAAUAAAGAAAUUUCUGAUAUGGAAGCAAAAAAGUGUAAACUUGAAAAGGAGAAAAAUGUUAGAGAGGAAGAACUUGCUAAGGUUAUGACAUGUCUCAAAGAAGAAACAAAAGGUCUUCAACAGAAGAAAGAAAAUCUUGAAGCAGAACUAAUGGAAUUGCAAAAAAAUGUCAAUGAAACAAAGUCAAAGAUGGAAAUAGCACGCUCAGAGUUAGAACUGUAUCUUAGUACUGAAAAACGUGAAACAGCAAAAUAUGAAGAAAUGGUUAAAAAUUUUGAAAAAAAUGAAACUUUGUUAAAGGAGAAAAAGAGUGCAAUUAAUGACACAAAGAAGAGAAUACCAGAUUGUGAAGAAAAAUUAGAAAAAUAUCAGAUAGAACUUACUGAUAUUGUCAAACAAGAGUCUUUUAUAAGUAGUGAGGUAAAAAUUAAACGAUUAAGAGUUGAAGAUGCAAGAAGUGCUAUGAAUGCAAAUCGAAGUCGUGGAAAAGUUCUUGAAACAUUAAUGCGACAGAAAGAACAAAAUAAUAUACCAGGAAUUUUAGGAAGACUUGGAGAUUUAGGAGCUAUAGAUGAAAAAUAUGAUAUUGCUAUUUCAACAGCUUGUGGACCCCUUGAUAACAUUGUUACUGAUACAAUGACAACUGCACAAAAGUGUGUAGAUUAUUUGAAGAGAAAUAAUGUUGGUGUAGCAACAUUCAUUGCUCUUGACAAGAUGGAUAGAUGGAUUCCCUAUACAAAACAGAGAAUCCAAACACCUGAAAAUGUUCCUCGACUUUUUGAUUUAAUAAGAGUGAGGAAUGAAAAGGUGUUACCUGCAUUUUAUUUUGCAUUGAGAGAUACUCUUGUAGCAAAGGAUUUGGAACAAGCAACCCGUAUUGGUCUUCAAGGGAGAACGAGAUUUCGUGUGGUUACUCUUAAAGGAGAACUCAUUGACUUAGCAGGUACUAUGAGUGGUGGUGGGAAAGCAUCGAAAGGCAGAAUGGGUAAAGCUAUUGUUAGUGACAUAAAUCCGGAAGAGAUUGAAGUUAUGUCAAAACAUAUUGAUCAACUUAUGGAUACACUUGCCAAGUUAAAAGAAAAAAAAGAUACUACAGAGGAAUUUAUUGAUCAGAUGAAAAAAGAAUAUAACAGUUUGACACAUUUAUCUCAAAAAUUAUCAGUUGAAAUUCAGGCUCUAAGUGAACAACAAUCUUCUUUAUCUCAACAAUUAAAAGAACAAAAAGAAAAAUUAUUAGUUGUAGCUCCUGAUAAAAAGAAAGUGAAGAUGAUGGAAUCUACAUUAGCAGAAGCAGAGAAAGAUUUAAAAUCUUGUAAAUACAAGGUGUGGCAGAAAAGUAAUGAGAUUGCUCUAAGUGAACAACAAUCUUCUUUAUCUCAACAAUUAAAAGAACAAAAAGAAAAAUUAUUAGUUGUAGCUCCUGAUAAAAAGAAAGUGAAGAUGAUGGAAUCUACAUUAGCAGAAGCAGAGAAAGAUUAUAAUAAAGCAUCUUCAACUUCAUGCAGUUUGGAAGAAGAAGUUCAAAGUGUUGGGCUGUGGUUCACAAAGUGGGGUGGUAACACCCACUUUGGGAACUACUUGAAUAAAUCUAGGGAACAAAAAGAAAAAUCUAAAGAAGAAUGCGAAGAAAAGAUGCAGAUUGUUAUGAAAGAAAUAAAACAAUUAAAAGAAAAGGAAAACAAAUUGAAUAGUGAUCACAUUGAAAUUAAAAAUGAACUUGAUAGAUGUAAAGCAAAAGUUCAAGAUAGCAAUGCCAAGAUAAAACACUGGACUUCUCAGCUAGAUAAUUUAAAAUUACAAGAAGUUGAUAAUGAAGUCCCAGAUAAGUUACCAAAAUUAGAUUCUGAAGAACUUAUGAAUGUUGAUUCAGAAUCAGUUAAGUAUGAAUUAUUAAUAAUGGAGGAAAGUUUACAGAAAAUGACACCUAAUAUGGCUGCUAUUGCAGAAUAUAAAAAAAAGGAAGCAAUAUAUGUUCAGCGUGUUUCUGAACUUGACAGUAUCACACAACAACGAGAUACUCAAAGAGGUUACCAUGAUGACUUAAGAAAGCAGCGUCUUAAUGAAUUUAUGACUGGUUUUUCUAUCAUAACAACAAAACUGAAAGAAAUGUAUCAAAUGGUGACAUUAGGUGGAGAUGCAGAGUUAGAAUUAGUAGAUUCAUUAGAUCCUUUUUCAGAAGGCAUUGUUUUUAGUGUGCGCCCACCAAAAAAGUCAUGGAAAAAUAUAUCUAAUUUAUCUGGUGGAGAGAAAACAUUAAGUUCUCUGGCUCUUGUAUUUGCUCUUCACUAUUAUAAACCUACACCUUUGUAUGUAAUGGAUGAAAUUGAUGCUGCGUUAGACUUUAAAAAUGUUUCAAUUGUUGGGAAUUAUAUCAAGGAAAGAACGAAGAAUGCACAGUUUAUAAUUAUCUCAUUAAGAAACAACAUGUUUGAAUUAGCUGAUCGUUUGGUUGGAAUAUAUAAGACAUACAAUUGUACAAAGUCAGUGACUAUAAAUCCUGAUAUUAUUGCAUCAUCAUCAUCCUUAGCAAAAUUAACUGAUGAUAUAAAUUCUUCAAAUCAAACCAUCAACCAUUUACAAUAAAAUAAUUCUUUGAUUCAAAAACAUACAAACUUGUAUAUAAACUAAAUCAUCAAAAGAAAUGCAAUUUUUAUGUAUUUUUAAACACUAAAAAAUUUUUGUAAAAGUAUUUUAUCUAUUUGACAAAAUAUAACUUUUUAAUAC